AUGUUGGAUACUUUUGAGAUCCUCACCACUUCUGGAGUGGUACUCUGGUCGAAACAAUUUUCCCCCGUCAGCCCUGCGGUUAUUAACAGCCUUAUCACGAAUGUCUUCAUUGAAGAACGAACCUUACCCGGUGCCGGAGUUGCAGAUGAUAUUUCUGCUGCGAAUAAUCCUCCUUUCAAACAUGAUCAGCAUACUUUGAAAUGGACGACAUGCAAAGAGUUAGGCUUAAUAUUUGUGGUUGUGUACAGGUCAUUGCUACAUCUGUCGUGGAUUGACAAAUUGGUAGAUAAUGUCAAAACGAUUUUCGUGGACUUAUAUGGUGAUCAAUUGAGAAAACCACACACAACUGUUGUCGAAUGUCCUUUCGAUGAAUAUUUCGACCAACAAGUGCGGGAGUUGGAGAAGAGUGCUUUGAAUCAGGAUGCUAGAGUUGCAGAGGCUUCUGCAUUCGAAGAGUCGAUUCCUUUGAUUUCUACGACCUCGGACAAUGAGCCUCCGCCAAUGCCUGGAUUACCCUCGAGAGGACAAUCAAAGAAUAGUGUCACAGAUAUCCCUUCCCCCGACUCGACUCCUCUCGGAACACCUAAUUCACGACCGAGUACACCUGCGAGCCACAUAUUGAGCGCGAAAGCAGGACCGGGUGGAAAGGUUUCUCGAAGAGCUAGAAAGGCAGCCCAGACCCCUACGUAUGCUUCAUCCGGCGACGAAUCCCACAGAAAGGGUAGAAGUGUAAAAACCGGACCAAAGAAGGGAAGGAAGUGGGAUGCAGACGGAAUGGCAGAUGAGGAUAGUCGCCCGGGUGCUGUGGAGGGAGUUGAACAAACCUCAUGGGGUUCAAAAACUGGAAAGGGGCAGUUCGUAUUGAAGGAUCUUGAAGACGAAGUCCAUUCGAUUUUAGAUUCCGCGAAUGCGAAGAAGGCGGAGUCUAGCGCCCCAGCAGCUGGCCUAGUAGGAUCUAGUUUCAGUGCUAUUGGAGGAUUAUUUAGAAAUGUAGUUGGAGGAAAGACUUUGACUAAGGAAGAUUUGGACAAAGCCAUGAAGGGAAUGGAGGAUCAUUUAUUACGAAAGAACGUCGCAAGAGAAGCCGCGAUGAGAUUAUGCGAGGGUGUAGAACGGGAAUUAAUAGGAGUGAAGACUGGAAAUUUUGAGAGUGUUCAAACAAGAAUCGCAACAGCCAUGGAGGCAUCACUAAGAAAAAUUCUGACUCCUACCUCAUCCCUUGAUCUCCUUCGAGAAAUCGAUUCUAUUGUCUCACCUCCAGCUUUGUCGUUAAAGAAAAAGAGGCCGUAUGUCAUGUCCAUUGUCGGAGUAAAUGGUGUUGGUAAAUCCACAAAUCUUUCCAAGAUCUGUUAUUUUCUUCUACAAAACAAGUACAAAGUCCUCGUUGUAGCUUGCGACACCUUCAGAUCCGGAGCCGUCGAACAAUUAGCCGUUCACGUACGAAAUCUGAAAGAACUUACCACCAGAGAAGGUGGCCAAGUAGAGCUGUAUCAAAAAGGCUACGGAAAAGACGCCGCUAACGUAGCCAAAGACUCCGUCUCCUUCGCUGCUCAAGAAGGCUACGAUGUAGUUCUAAUCGACACAGCCGGACGACGUCACAAUGAUCAACGACUCAUGUCCUCGCUUGAAAAAUUCGCUAAAUUCGCUCAACCGGAUAAAAUCCUCAUGGUAGGCGAAGCACUCGUUGGCACAGAUUCAGUCGCGCAAGCAAGAAACUUUAAUGCAGCGUUUGGCCAGGGCAGAUCUCUAGACGGGUUCAUUAUCAGUAAAUGUGAUACCGUGGGGGAUAUGGUGGGCACCCUGGUUAGCAUGGUCCAUGCUACAAAUGUACCGGUGCUGUUUGUGGGCGUAGGUCAACAUUAUAGUGAUUUGAGGAAUUUGAGCGUCAAAUGGGCGGUGGAAAAAUUGAUGGCCGGGAAUUGA